AUGGAUAUAGAAAUACAGAAGACAUCAAUGGAGAAAAUGGUGGGAAUGACGAAGGAGAUAAAAAGGCAGAUGUGCCUUGCAAUGCCACUUACAGUUGCGAAUUUCCUUAUGUUCGCCCUCCAAUUUGUAUCGAUAAUGGUAGUUGGCCAUAUAAGUCACCAGAAACUCGCCGGAGCUUCCAUAGCCAUUUCCUUCGUCAAUUCACUUGGCUUCUCAGUGCUCAUGGGAGUAAGUUCUGCACUAGAUACCUUAUGUGGACAAUCUUUUGGAGCAAAAAAUUACAAGACGGUAGGUUUAUAUCUACAAAGAGCAAUGGUCAUUUGUGUCAUUAUCAGCAUUCCACUUGCCUUUGGCACGGCUUUCUCUGGAAGAAUUCUUAUCUUGCUCCGCCAAGUCCCAGAGAUAUCAAUGGCUGCAGAAUCUUAUGCUCGGUUGAUGAUUCCAUCACUAUUCGCAUUUGGCCUUAUACAGUGCAUCCUCAGGUUCUUACAAGCUCAAAAAAUAGUGGUACCCAUAAUGAUUAGCAGUGCAAUCACAGCUAUUUUUCACAUAUUCAAUUGUUGGUUCUUUACCUAUAAAACUGGACUUGGUUAUCGAGGAGCUGCGCUUUCGGUUUCAAUCUCUUAUUGGUUCAAUUUGCUGCUAUUAGUACUAUAUGUCUUUCUGUCUCCCUCUUGCAAGUCAACAUGGACUGGAUUCUCUAGAGAAGCUUUUCAUGGCUUAUGGGAGUUUCUUAAACUCGGCAUUCCUUCUACUUUGAUGGUUUGCUUUCAAAACUGGCAAUUCGAGCUGUUGUUGAUACUUGCUGGACUUCUUACAAAUCCAGCGCUCCAAACAUCAUUAAUGUCUAUAAGCCAAAACAUUUCUUCACUGGUUUAUGCGAUCCCCUUGGGCCUUAGUGGUGCAAUCAGUACUAGAAUAUCCAACGAAUUGGGUGCAAAAAAUCCAAGGGCUGCUCUUCUAGCAAUACUAGUUGCAACAUUAACCAUCAUUAGUGAAGGUUUGAUAGUAGGAUUAGUGAUGAUCGGUGGACGGAGCUUAUGGGGUCAUGCAUACACCAAAGAGAUAGAAGUUGUGAAGGCUGUGGCUGUAAUGAUUCCAUGGAUUGCUCUAUCCCAUUGCAUAGAUGGUUUCCAAUGUGUGCUUUUAGGCACAAUAAGAGGAUGUGGUCGCCAAAAGCUUGGAGCUUUUGUUUGUCUUGGCUCUUACUAUCUUGUUGGAAUUCCAUCAUCCAUACUUCUUGGUUUUGUUUGCCAUAUGGGAGUAAAGGGUCUUUGGAUUGGAAACAUCUGUGCGAUUUUUGUCCAAGACUUAGUCCUUCUAAUCAUGACAAUCCUUACAGACUGGGAGAAACAAACUACAAAAGCCAUGGAAAGAGUUCAGUUAACCGAGGAGCCAUCAAACGUCUUUGAAUCAGAUUCCAAUUAUCGGAUACUCAGCAUACAUUCAUCUACGUCUUCCUUGUCAAUCAGAACUGAUCCAUCUGAAUAA